AUGAAUAUAUUAAACAAACUUCGAUUAUUAUUGAACUUGUACAAAUUUAAUGAUAAUAAACAGAUUGAAUAUAAUGAUAGCAACAGUAGUGAUGUAGAUAAUGAUAGCAACACUAGUAAUGUAGAUAAUGAUAGCAACAGUAGUAAUGUAGAUAAUGAUAGCAACAAUAGUUAUGUAGAUAAUGAUAGCAACAGUAGUGAUGUAGAAUAUAAAAAAGAAUUAAAUGAUCUUUUAUUAAAAAUAAAAGAAGAACUUUUUAAACCGUGUACAAUAAACUACCAAGUUAUCUGA